UGGGGGGCGGGGCUGCUCCAUCCGGGUAUUCAGCGGCCUGUGGGUGUUUUGUUUUCUUGGCUGGAACUUGGAGCGGUAGGUAGGAGGCCCGGCCCCGGCGCGACACCGGGAUCCGGACGUACUGCACCGGCCAGGCUGGACUUAAAACUUGACCUGAAAAAAUGUCUGGAUUUCUGGAAGGCUUGAGGUGCUCAGAGUGCAUUGAUUGGGGGGAAAAGCGCAAUACUAUUGCUUCCAUUGCUGCCGGUGUUCUAUUUUUUACAGGCUGGUGGAUUAUCAUAGAUGCAGCUGUCAUUUACCCCCGCAUGGACGAAUUCAACCACUCCUACCACGCGUGUGGUGUCAUAGCAACCAUAGCCUUCUUAAUGAUUAAUGCAGUAUCAAAUGGACAAGUCCGAGGUGAUAGUUACAGUGAAGGUUGCCUGGGUCAAACAGGUGCUCGCAUUUGGCUGUUCAUUGGUUUCAUGUUGGCCUUUGGCUCUCUGAUUGCAUCGAUGUGGAUUCUUUUUGGAGGAUACGUUGCUAAAGAAAAAGCCAUAGUAUACCCUGGGAUUGCUGUAUUUUUCCAAAAUGCCUUCAUCUUUUUUGGAGGACUCGUUUUUAAGUUUGGCCGCACUGAAGACUUAUGGCAGUGAAAGCUUCUGAUUCGUUACUGCCCAACAGCCCUGCGUGGGGUUUCUUUUUGUUUGGUUGUUUUUUUUUUUUUUGCUACUCACUCCCAGUCUUUUGUAAUGCCAUUUUCUAAACUCCUUUCUGAGUAUAGUCUCAACUUAAAUUUGUAUAAUACUAAAAUCAUGAGAACUCUCUCUAAUCAACAAGCGCAGCAAAAUCUAUUGUGAUAUACAUGUGAUUACAUUUGAUUAACUUGUAAAAUGUUGAAGAAAAGUAUUUCACGUGAGAAAUUUUUAUUACAUUUUAUCAUGUUUAUAAAAAUAAAUCACAAAAGAAAUCAUGGAAGCAUCUUAUAUGAGUAUUUGUCAUAUCCAAAAUCCAAAGCUGCAAUUAAAGUGCUCUGAAGAUUUAAUGUGUUUAUUUAAAUGUGGCCUAUUCUGUGUCAAAUACUAGAUGAAACAUAAAUAAUGAUGAAAUAUAAACAUGUUCUUGUUUUUAAAAACUAUUCAGUGGUCAGAAUUCUUUCUCACUAUCCUUUGUGUUUGCUUUAUUAAUGUAUGGUUUUGCCAAAAAUUCUGUAAAUAUUUCAGUGUAAGUAGUUAUUGAGGGUCUCCCAAGGGGUGAGUGAAUAUGUUGAAAGAGAGAAGCCCCAUAAUCUAGCCACCAGUUUCCUCAGAAGUGUCCCUUCAGUGCCACUGACUCGGCUGUGACCCUGGGCCUGGUGGGACGCUAACGGUUACUCCACAGCCACCGUGGAAGGAAAGAGGAAGCGGAGAGGGGCUUGGUCUUUACUCCGGUGACUGACUCUCUUGUUGUUGGUUUGAUAAUAAAUUGAAUUCCAUUUUGUUGUA